AUGGCCAUUUGCAUCACGUUCGGAACACAUGAAUUCACUUCUAUGUUGGAGGGAUACGAGAAUGUCCGUGCUUACUGCUAUAACUGUGAGUGGAUUGGCUGCUCUGCUUUGCCUGCCUGGUCGUCUGGACCUGAUCUGACUAAGGCUUUUUGUAUGAAUCAGGUCAACAUUGGAACGGACAUUGCGUUACAAGAUGGCCGUGGUUCACUAUUUGCUUUAUUUGACCGUCCCGAUAUCACACCCGAUACGCGUCCCCCGCCUGGCGCAAUCACAGGCCCAGCGCCGCCCCCGCAGGCUUAUUAUCCGCCGCAAGGCACUCAGCCACCUCAGGGGUAUGGGUAUAAGUAA